ACCCGCCACCCUUCUCAACAAGGCGCCACCUCCGCCGCGCCACCUCCUCAGUCGCCGACCCCUCCACCUCCGGCCCGAUCCAGCCCGCCGUGCAGCCCGAACCCUCCGCCGCGCAGCCAGCCCAGCCGGCCGACCCGCCGCCGACGUCCGCUUGCCGACCCCUCUGCCUCCGUGCCCGACCCCUCCGCCUCCGCGCUGACCCAGCCCGCCGCGCAGCCCGACUCCUCCGCCGUGCAGCCAGCCCAGCCCGCCGACCCGCGUUUUUGUAUUAACUAAACGCGUUUUUGUUUCUUGUUUUAAGCUUUCAUGAUUUUUCAGAUUUAUCAACUAAACAGGUUUGUGUUUUCUGUUUUUUUCCUGUUGUGGUUGUACAUCUAUCUACACAACACUACUGCAACCACAACAACAAAAUGAUACUGCAACCACAACAACAACAAAAUGAUACUAAACGGCCCCUAUUGAUGGAUGCAUAACCCAUUCUCGAGCGCGAAUCCCCCUUCUCGUCCUCUUGCGUGCGAUCCCAAUUACUUCCCGUUCCUACUGCCGGAAUCUUCCCAUCUUCCGCUCCGGUAACAGUCACAGAUUGCCGUCUCCGAGAUCACGGCGAUGGCAAGCUUUAUAAGGACUCUCACUGGCGCCCGACGCGUCCUCAACGCCACGGCGGCGAUUAAUAGUAGCUCGAUUUCACCGCUUCUCUCCUCCCCAAUCCGUGCCGGGUCUGCUUCCCUACUUCAAUCGCGAGAAUACAGUUGCUGUUUUUCCCGUUACUCGAGUUUGAGCAACGGUGAUUCUGGAACGAUUCCUAUCGAUCUAUCCGAUGACGAGAGCAAACGGCGUUUGAUUAACAGGUUGCUGUACAGGAGCAAGCAGAGAGGAUACCUGGAAUUGGAUUUGGUACUUGGGAGAUGGGUAGAGGAGCACAUUCAUUCCAUGGACGAAAACGGGAUCCAAGCGCUUGUGAACGUCCUUGAUCUGGAAAAUCCUGAUUUGUGGAAGUGGUUAACUGGGCAGGAGCAACCCCCAGAUGCAGUGGGCCAAAACCCGGUGUUCUGUGAGCUGCGUGAUAAGAUCAUGAACAACCUCAACAGCCACGCGUCUCCUGAAACUAGGGCACUUCCUGGGCAGCCAUGGGUACGAGGAUGGGAUGACAUUAAGAAGAAUCCUGGUGCUCCUAUUGCGGGGAACCAGUAGCUCGUGGGACGGGAUACGGUGACAACCCCUAAGGGGUUGUCAUCAGAUUCACAACCAAGGAUAUUUUGGGUAUGAAAAAAAGGAAUAUAUUAAUUACCUCUUUUGUAUUAAUUAUAUUGGAAAUUAAAAACCCAUAUUAAAUACAAUUUUUUUUUAAAUUUAAAUCCUAUACAUUAAUAUCUCUAUCUAUCUCUCUCUCUCUUCCUUUCUCCAGCGGCCACUCCGCAUCGACCGACAAACUUUUUCUCCGGCGAAUUCUCUCCGGCAGACUCCCUCCGGCAACCUGAAAAAAUGUACCAAUGUGUUAAAAAGUGUACCAAUCUAUUAGUCUACUGGUAAUUAAUAUACCAGUGCUAGUGGUACGCUACCAGUACGUUAAAAAAUGUACUAGUACUAGCGGUACCAAUAAAAAAUGUACCAGUACUAGUGGUACGCUACCAGUAGAGAAUAACACAACGCUACUAGCACUGGUAUUGGUACUAGUGAGUAGUGGUAGUGUACCAAUAGCGCUACCAAUAGCACUACCAGUUGUAUUGGUACCAAUAGCGCUACCAGUGGUAUUGGUAGCGGUACCAGUAGAGAAUAAAAAAAAAACAGAAAAAUAAAAAGCACUCACAAGGAGGAGAAAAUUACGAAUCCAAACACGAACAUAGAAAGAAAAAAAAUUCCCCUCCUGGAAUCCGAUUCCUCGCUAGGAAAGAAAGCACACAAACCAGAACAAACGCACACAAAAGCAAAAUUGACCUCCAGAAUCCAUAUCGUUCUCACCCAAGCCAAACACAAUGCGGCAAAGAAGCAGACCGAGAGUAAAGUUACCGGAGCGGGAGAGAUCGAGAUCUGCGCCGGCGGCGAGCGGGGGAACUCGGGAAGAGCGGGGUUGGCGAUCAGAUCUAGAAACGCGAGGAAGAAUGAUGAUCGAAUGCAAAAACCUAGAGGAAUAGCUUGGAUUUGCGGACGGAAAUCACAGAAAUCAAAGCAAAGCAAAAGAGAAGAAGAGGCAGAGCGGGGGCGCUAAAAGGCAAAUGUGUGCAUUUGGUUUUGGUUUUGCUGGAUGUGUUGCGCAGAAACAGCCAGAAAGGAAGGAACUGCGGUGGUGGGAGGGUUGUGGCGGCGGAGAGUGGGGAGGAGAGACGGUAAUGUCUACGGGAGAGAGGGAGGAUGGAGGAGUUAGGGUUUUUGUUCUUUUUAUAUGGUAGGGUGAAUGAUUGGGUGUGGUAAGUUUUUAUUCUUCCAAAAAUAUCCUUCCUUUAAUCUUAACCGUUAAUUUAAAAAAAGAAGAAAGAAACAGGAGAGAGAGCGUAUCCAAGGGCUAUGAAGUGGGUUGUGAAUCUGACAACCCCCUUAGGGGUUGUCACCGUAUCCCAUCCCGUAGCUCGUUUGUGUCAGAUAACUCUCAGUUUGCGGCAUAAAGCCUCUUAAUCAGUAAUAAAGGUCACUGCCGGAAAAUUGCAUUGGCCGGCGAGUACGCUAGUGUGGCUUCCAUCCUUAUUUCCAAGGCAUUUAAUCAAAGCCCACAUCAGAAAAAUCCCGAUUCAAAUCUCAUUAGGCUGCCAGGAAACAGGACCCAAAUCCUGAGCCAAUUGAAGCAAGCGGAGCACAUCCAAGAUCGCCUGUUGAAAUUUCUGGGUUUGUAAAUGGAGAGGCAAGAAAAGCAUUGGGAGUUUUGUAUCUGCUUGUAAGGCCAAGAAUGGAAGCAAUUGAAGCUAUUUCUGGGUUCACAAGAAUUAGGGAUUCAAAAGGGGGAGUUGCCGUUGCCGUCGUUGAGAUGGAAGGGAUAAUAAGAAAAGAAUUAUACAGGUAGUUAAAUAAUCUAAGCUUGCUUUUUUUUUUUUUUUAAUUUUGGCUAGAAAAACUAAACUAAUAAACAUGGGUAAUCUGGCCAUUUUAACUUGUUAAACGGUCAGUUGACAGAAGUGCACGUUGUUACUAUUCUUAUUUGUACAAAUGCUACUUCGAACUUGGAACGAGUAUGAAGAAAUUGUGAUGAAGAAAUUAUGAUACUGCUUUACCUUUUGAGUUGUUUUGUCGGAUCGGUUGCUCAAGACCUUUGGUCUCUACCCAGACCCAAUGAAAAAAAUGGGAUCACUUAUUAUGAGCUUGUUGAGAAUGAUUCUGAUCUAGUUCAUGGCCUAUUAGAACUAGAAGGCGCUCUGGUGGGAUCCUCACGGAUAGAAAAAGAUUGCAGUAAGUUUGAUAAUGAUCGAGAAAGGAUAUGUUUGUGCAAAUUAACAAUAGAAGGAUAUGUUUGUUAAUUUUCAAUAGUAAAGGGAUAUAAAAUGCUAUUAAUGUCAAAGAUCAGAGUUGACCGCCACCUAGGACAAAUUUAAGGAAGAUGGACGGCGAGUGACCAUUGGUGAAACAAAAGUGUAAUGUCACUGACCAAUAAGAAAGGAAAAUUUUUCUGAGUGACAAACAUGCAAUAAAUUAGUAAUCUCAGUGACCAAACUUGAAAUUCACCCAUAUAUAUAUAAAUAUUGUAAGUAACCGUUCGGUGCACUCACUUUUUUUGGUACAUUCAGUGCACUCGUUUCAUAACCGUCAUUUUAAAAUGCGAAUUAUGUCAAAAUAAGGUCAAUCAUCACAUAUGAUGUGAUGAACAAUAACGCACAUGAAUUUGCACAAAAAUCAUUAAAGAUUUACUUUAAUUUGAAGGAUUUAUAGUAUAGAGAUUUAGGGUUAGGGUUUAAAAUUUGGAGUUUAGGGAUAGAACUCAAAAUUAGAGGUCUUGUGCUUAGGGUAAUCGGCUAAUUAGUUGUUAUCAUGUGUUAUAUCAUCAUAUUACACUAAUUCUACAAAUUAAAAUUCAAAAUCCAGCACCUUAAAACUAGUUUUUGAGUUGGGUACGUUGAACGCACUCAUUUUUGUGAGUGCACCGAAGUAGUCACCAUAUACAUAAAUGGAUACGACUCGUAUGCUCCUGACACAUACGAUGCACCAUACCUUUACAUCAUUGAUAUAAUCUAACGGUCAUUAUAAAUAAUAAUAAUAAUAAUAAUUACUACUUGCCCCCUUAAAUAAUUAUACAUGUGAUAGUGUCCUCCAACAAUAUUUGUCACUAGCAAUACGUAAUUUCAUUUAGUGAUAUUUCAAGCCCCCAAAAUUUGUAUAAUUAAAGAAAAACAACAGCCAUCAAAAUGUAUUCCAUUACCAAACGCCAGUUUGUUCUUCUUUAGUUUCUCUUUCAUUAUAGAAUUCCAAAUAAAAAGGUGCAGAAGGCGACAAUUUGUAUGAAUAUCCAAUCCAUUGAAUCCUUUUUUCUCCCUUACACAUUUUAACAACAUCAUCAUCAGCAAACCAGAAAAUCCUUUUCAAUUCUAAUCAUCAUCAAGCCGUAAAUAUUUCCCCCCAAUUUCACCAUCAUGGCAUCAUCAGAACCCUUCCCAACCUGUCGGCCCAUCGUCGAUCAACUUAAUUGACGACGAUCCACCGCCGUAUCCGGAGUGAAAAAGUCGAUAUGGUUGUUUUGUUUUCUGAGCGAGCUUGAAGGACCGAGGGAAAUUUGUCGAAUCGAGAUCUCGUUCAUGGGAUAAGGAAUUGGAAAGAGUUUAUAAUUGUUGGCAAAAUCGAUUGUGAUGCGCUCGUCAUCGACGGAGAGCCCAAUAGCUUGCGGGUCGCCAUCAAGCCAGCGUACCUCAGUCUCAAAACCACAUGCAUCGGAACUACCGGGCCCUGAGGCCUCAGCGCCUGGAUUAACUCUUGCUCGAGCUUUCAAUUUGGUGAUUUUCAGUCACUCCAUUCAGCCGCGAGCAUAAAAAAGAACAGAAAUCAUCGAGUUCUUGCCCAUAAGGGAAAGAUGGAAGACGGAGGAAAUCAACUUAUCGGUGAUGGGGCCACUGUAGGAGGGUUUUGAUGAUGGUGAUCUGUGAGAAUGGUUUAGGGUUCGUUAAAAUGACGAUGACCUGGCUGUUCAAAUGGCCACAAAUGACUUCGGGAAGGAAAAAAAGGCGUACCAGACCUCCAUAAGGGAUUGUCCUUUAAUUUGGAGAAAGAUUAUCUAUAGGAAACUAGGUGAGAAAGAAAUACAUAAACAAAUUUAGAUGAAUAAAAACAAUCAAACAUACAAAAUUUAGGUAGGUAAAUCUAUAUAUGGAAGAAACAAGGUAGUUUAAAACAAAAAGUAAUAAGAAAAAUUGUUAGAGGACUACAUUCUACGCAUAAUGGAUGUAGUAAGUAAUUAUUAUUGACAAUUAAUAAUUAAUUUCAUUAGAAAUAAUCAUGCGCGUUAGAUUAGAUCAACGGUGUAGAUAAUCUGGCGCAUGCUAUGUGUCAGGAGCAGACGAGUGUAACUCAUACGAGUGUAACCCAUAUAUCUAUAUGGUGGCAUUUUCAGUGCACUCACUUUUUUGGGUGCAUUCAGUGCACUCGCUUCAUAACCGUCAUUUUAAACAUGUGAUUUAUGUCAAAAUAAUGCAAUCGUCACUUAUGAUGUGAUGUACAAUAACACAUGAAUUUGCAUAAAAACCAUUAAAAAUUUACUUUAAUUUGAAGGAUUUAGAGUUUAGAGAUUUAGGGUUAGGGUUUACAGUUUGGGGUUUAGAGAUAAAAACUCAAAAUUGGAGGUCUAUGGCUUAGGGUAAUCCGCUAAUUAGUUGUUAUCAUAUGUUAUAUCAUCAUAUUACACUAAUUCUACAAAUUAAAAUUCAAAAUCCGACACCUUAAGACUAGUUUUUGAGUUGGGUGCAUUGAACGCACUCAUUUUUGUGAUUGCACCGAAGUAGUCACCAUAUAUAUAUAUAUAUAUAUAUAUAUAUAUAUAUAUAUAUAUAUAUAUAUAUAUAUAUAUAUAUAUUCAUUUGUAUACAUUCAUUUGAAGUUAAUGGUUAUCCAUAUUUUUCAUACUUUAUUAAACCGGCAUUUAUCGUUACAAAUCGGUUGUAUCAUCCGAUCGAACCAUACCAUUUUCUAAACCGACGUAAUCAGUAAAGGAAGCCUUAGCAAUAAUAAUCAGAAUUAAGAAUCUUUACAAAUCGAAAAAAAUUAAGGCUACUUUUUUGUCUUCUUAAGAUGGCCACGCGGCAUGUAUUCCUAUUUAAUCACAAACAAAAAAAGAUCUCGUUUCAUAUACAAAGAGCAUCAAUGCGUGGUAAUUGGUAUGCACCCACUAAGUUGUAGACUUUUCCAAAUUCACAUUUAACUAAGGAAACAGGUAAAGGUUUGUGUUUUGAGUUUAAUAUUGAGAGGGAGGAUAAGCAUCGUGAAUGACACCUGUCCACAAGUAGUAAAGGUGUAAAGAGGAGAAUAAUUGGUGAAGGACCGAACCAUCUUUUUUCAAUAUCAUUGGAGGUUGUGUCAUGCGUCUACUUUCAGCGCCCUUUGCUGAUUUGUUCUGUUUUUUCUUUUGGCUUUGCUAUACGUGUAAAUUCCUCACCCCACCCUAAACUAAUGAUUAAUAAAAGAGUCAAUUAUCUAAUGUGGGAGCUAGGCUACUUGUGUUUAUUCUCGAUCUCGAUGGUCAAUAUAUACAACAGCUCUGUGGCUGUCAAACCCUCCAUCCAUAUCUCGGCAUCCACUUGCUUUCUCUGCUUUGCCAUGAAGAAGAAGAAGAAGAAGAAAAUGCAGUCUUCCUAGCUAGAGAGGCUGCAAGACGACGACGAUGAAAAGGCAAGUCACAGAGGCAAAGGGAAGGCCAAGCCUUUCUUCCAGGGUCCUUUUUUUUUCUUCUUCUUCUUCUUUUCCUAUGUAACGUAGGAGUACUUGUUGUUGUUUUAAUUGCUGCAAGCUUUCCCUCUUGAAUGCUGUUGGUCCUGGUCUGUUUCUUGAUUAUUAGUUUGGAGUCUUUCGUGAAGAAAACCGCCCCAAUUGGUUUCUGGUUUCAAGCAAUUAAGUAUCGCUGUUUUGUUUUGGGGAGGAAGUGAACAAGAAAAAGAAAAACCAAGUUUAAGUUGCUUUGUGUCGUUGUCUGGAAAGGGCCAUAUUAGCUUCUGUCUUGUUUUAGAACAUUAAUUAUCAGCAGUAUUGGUUGUGUUCCGUUUUCUGCGGCCGAUCUGGUGCACGUACGUACACGAGUCAUGUCUCCAAUCAAGCCAGAGUUGAUUU